GGUCCAAGGACAUCGCUGCUGCCCCGCAUUCCAGCCCCGUACUGCAGGCAUUCAAGGCGCUCCGUGAGAUCUACCCCGCUCACUCCAUUGCUGCCACCCAAGGAAACAUCCUGGGCUUCCCUGGUCUGCUCUACUCCCCGCUCGCAGAUGCGCCCUUGGUCUCCCACACGAUGUUUAUCCCCAUCGCGCGGUCCGGAGGGGGCGUCAAGGGCGCUCUGCUUGAUAGCAUUCAGUUUGGCGCGUUCACUGUAGCGUGGGAUAGUUAUGACUUCAUCGUCUAUGUCGUCAACUAUCCGAUCGGCCUUGGGACUACGACUACGCAUAUCGUCUUGCACGAAGGUCCCGUCGAGCCUGCGCGUUCCCUGAUCCUCAACGCCGGAAAAUGGAGCCAGGAGCUGCAUGAAGAGAUCUGGGUGUACAAUCAAGGUUACUGGCAAAAGGAUCCGGCGUUGUGGACCAGUGUGCAGAAAGCGUCUUGGGAUGCCAUCAUUAUGAAAGACGAGUUCAAGAAGGCUAUUCAAAAGGAUGUCUAUGGUUUUUUCAAAUCAGAGGCGGUAUAUAAAGACCUGGGCGUCGCAUGGAAGCGUGGGCUCAUCAUGCAUGGUCCUCCAGGAAACGGGAAGAGCAUCACCAUCAAAGCAAUCAUCAAGACAUGCGAUGCCCUCGGGUUUGCGCCGCUGUAUGUCAAAUCGUUCCAAAACUGGGCCGGCGAAGAGGCCGCCAUGCAGGACGUGUUCGACAAAGCACGUCAAUUCUCGCCAUGUGUCAUCAUCUUGGAAGAUCUGGACGCGCUCAUCAACGACGGCAACCGGUCCUUCUUCCUCAACCAAGUGGAUGGCCUGCAAUCAAACGACGGCUUGCUGAUUAUCGGGACAACGAACCACUUUGAUCGUUUGGAUCCGGGGCUGAGCACAAGGCCCAGCCGCUUUGACCGCAAAUAUCUGUUCGACGAUCCCGACAACGAGGAACGCGCUCUUUACGCCAAAUAUUGGCAGAAUAAAUUGCGCAAGAAUCAGGAGAUCGAGUUUCCAGAUGCGCU